GAAUCGAAGUUCACCAAUACACCACUCUAGUAAUAGCAGCUGAAAAGCGCUCGACUUCUCGCUGUUGCUCCCGCACAAGCUCUCUUUCCUUUUCGGUUUCAAACUGUUGGCUCUCUCUCUCUCUUGCCGGUUUGUUCCUCGCUACAAGUCUCUCUUUCUCUUCUCUGCGUGUCUAUUCUCACAAUAGCAGAAUUUGAUUCUUAGCUGGCUUCCUCUUAUCUUUUACUGGCUCUUCAAAGUAGAGAUCAUCAACUUUUUUGCCGAUAACUGGCUCUUGUCGUGAUUCCGGCGUGUCGUGUAGCGUUUGCGUUCUUCGCUUUUGUGGCAUAACAUAUAUUUUUUGUACGGUGAUCUCUUCGUUUUUCUUUUCUUUUCAGUUCCCUGAACUACCAGCGCGAGUGCUUUUCUCUUGUUUCUCUUACGGUUCAAUUUCUUUCAUUUGUCUGGUCUUCGUCUGUGUUUGGCCAUCAACCCUCAAAAAAAAAAAAAAAAUCAAAGGAUAAAAACAUAACAACAAAAAUAAGUCUACGAGCAGAAUAAUAAGCUUCGCUGAAAACGCACCCAACAACGGUCAACGUCAACAAAAGGAAAGGCCCUCGUUUCCAUUGCGCUCUGUUCCCUUUUUAGAUUAUUGUUCAACGUGAUUUACUGCAUCAAGUGCAAACCCUCACAGCCGCCAGCAGCCAUAGAAGGAUAAUUGCCGGCUCGACCUCUUCUUAAAGAAAAAAUCACAACCAACAACAAAAAAGCAGAUUUCUCCCCUCGUAAUAUAAAGACCUUUUUUUAGCUUUUCCUUUCUUCCUCGUUUAAAAUCAAAGGCUAAACACUCUUCUUUGCAGCGGUAGGCACGCAAUUUGUUCUGCAGGAUUGAUCUUUUGAGAUUCACCGCGUUUUUUCCUCUUUCUUUACGCACGCUUGCUUCCUCGAAUUGUUGUCACUGCGCAAGAGCAAGUAUUUCUGCGCUGCUGCCGAAUUGUGUUGUGUGAACACGUGCGCGCCGUUUUCGAUCGCUUUUUCCUCCUUGUGUUUAAUCUUCUGUGCUUUGCUGAGAGGUGCAGUGGUUCGUUUUCUCAGACGAAAAUCCACAGCUGGUUUUCCUUUUCUUGUUUUUUAGUAGCGACUGUCGCUGCUGUAUCUCAUUUGCUGCUUCGGUGUCGCCAGUCACACACACGCACACUCGUUCCAAAAUGAGCGAGGUUGUCUAUACGUCGGGCAACCCGGUUGGUGUGGUGCCGUUUCUCACCGCCCUCACCGACUACCAAAAGAAAGGUGUCGGCGUUGACAUGAUGCUGAAGGCCUUGCUGAACGUGUCGCGACUCUGCAUGCUCUAUAGCACCAAUCUGGGCGACAAGAGGAAGUUUUUCAAAUUGGCAGACACCAUCGUAGAGUGCCGUAUGCUGUGCAACUUUGGUCGUCCAGUCAUGACGUUCCACCAGGCCAUGUCCGUGCUGGGAAAGAGGAGUUAUAUGGAGUUCUGGCACUGCCUUUUCACCUGCCUCGCCUUCUUCCUCCGCGUCCCGGAGCAGCUCAGCGGCGACAUGAACUUCUUGCAGAAGGUAGUCUUCCGCAGGUGGAGCCGUGAGAAACUGUCCUUCUGUUACCGAUUCUUCAAGUCGUGGUCGCUGACGUGUGGCUUGCUGGCAGAACUCACUCGGCGUUCGGCGCUGAAGCGCGCGGUUCGCAGCGCCGUCACUCCUGAAGAGAAUGUGCACACAAAACUGGAGCUGCAGGUGUCGAAUGCAUUGAUUAUCCGGACACUGUGCGACAUGUACGUCUACUUCAAAUGGAUUCCCGGGUACGAGCCCAUCAAGGCGGUCGAGUACUCCUGCGGCCUCGCAUCAGGCCUGAUUGGGGUGUUGUUGGUGUGGAAGGACACCCGUUACGUGCUGCCGCCCAUGGCAAAGGACGUGCAGCCUUGCGAGCGGUGCGGUCAUAAGCACGCGCUUCAGCGCGCUGUGUGCGUGUUAGACAGUGAGGGCGGCGGUAGCGAGGGUGGUGCUAGCGCGGAUGAAGAGUAA